UAAUGCAAAAACAGCAUUAAUGGCAGUCAUAGUGCUGGGGCAGGGAAGCAAGCCUCAAGAUAUAUAUGGCAAUAUUUUAAAAAAAAGCUGUGUUCUCUGGGGAGGCAUCUUAUAUCAGUUCUGCCGGGUUCAGCGCCAGCCCUUCAAACCUGCAGUAGCUCUUUACAUUAACAUAAUCAAUUGCCAGCCUAUCUAUACCUAUCAGAGAAGAAAGAGAAGAGAGAAAAAAAGAACAAAAAAGUGCUCUCUGCCUCUGAUUUGAUGGAUUUCUCUUCUUAAUUGGAUCAAGUAGGAAGUUGCUGCCAGCCCCUCUGUGUGCUGUGUGUUCUGAUUUUGCUCAGUCCUUCUCUGCAGUCAGAAGGGAAAGAGGGAAAGAGAGAGAGACAGAGAGAGAGACAGAGAAACCAGGAAAGAAGGCAAGGAGGAGGGGAGAAAAGAAAGGGGAGUAUCCACCCUCCUGGUCCUUGUGUUUUUCUAGUCUCUCUCUGCUAAUGAUACGCUUUGCCAGUGGUGCUCAGAGGACUGGCACCUGCUGCUCCUUGGUGAUUCAGCCUCUUACAGCUGCUGUCUGAACACAACAGGAUGUCGCUUGUGCCGCUGCUGCUGCUGCUGCCUCUGCCUCUGCUUAACAAUAGUGUUUACAUGAGAGCCGGCUCCACUCGCAAAGUCUUCAGGUGAGUCAGCUGAAUUUUGAAACCUGGAGUUAUAGCAGUUCUUCUGAAACUGUGAAAAACCUGAAAGAAACUUAUUUAUUUUCAUUUUUAUUAUCUGAACAACCACCAUGCCUUGAGAACGGUCCCAAAAGAAGAAGAAUCUUCAUCAUUUAUUUGACUUUUUAUAUAUGUCUAUCGCUUGAUGUCUGUAUCUACGCCCGCAACAUCAAGCUAUUUUGUGAUCAGAUAAUGGAAGACGCGCUUCAUCAUUCUUGCUGGCUGCUGUCUUGUGCACCAAGUUAGAGUUCAGGCCUCCGGAGACCUUUGUCUGACUGACGGCGUGAGGAUGUCUGAGGGAGCUGAUGAAACCUCCCCGGGCCCUCCCACCCCUCCCUGCGCUGCUGCUGCUGCUGCUGAUUCCCCGCUCUUUGCCUCCACGGCCCAGGAGAAUGCCCCAGAAGUGUCCGCGGCAACGGAGGGUGUUGCCGAGGAAAACCGAGCUCUGGGAUUGGCAGGCAUGGCUGCUACCUGCUGCAUCUGCAUGGAGACAGCACAAGUGAGGAGCUGCCUGAACUCGGAGAAGAUCUGCAUCCUGCCCAUCCUGGCUUGCCUCAUCAGCCUGGCUCUCUGCACCGCUGGCCUCAAGUGGGUCUUUGUGGACAAGAUCUUCGAGCCCCACACCCACCUCGACCCCAAUCGGAUUGGUCAGGACCCAGUAAUCUAUGCCGACCAAACUCUGGGGCCCACUGGAGAGCCCCCAGCUGUACAUACCUCAGUCCUACCCAGCCACAGCACAGGGCAGCAAACAGUGCAGGUGAAGGGUGACCCUUCUGUGGCGCCUGACCCUGUCCACAAUCCAACCUUCAAUAGCCCUACCUCGGCUUUAACUCUGCUAACCACUCCUGCCACCCAGAGACCCCUCACAACUACUAACGUGAAAGGACCCACCACUGGGCAUCCUCUGCAAACAGUGGAAACUAAUAUCAUAAAAAUACCCAAGUUGUCAACCACAACUGUUCCUACGAUAGGAACUGGUCAUGUGAUCAAGUGUAGCGACAGUGAGAAGAACUACUGUGUGAACGGAGGAGAAUGCUUCAUCCUCAACACAAUCCCAAGCAAAACUAAAUACCUGUGCAGGUGCCCAAAUGAAUUUACUGGUGAUCGUUGCCAAAACUACGUAAUGGCCAGCUUCUACAAGCAUCUUGGGAUUGAAUUUAUGGAAGCUGAAGAGCUCUACCAGAAACGAGUGCUAACGAUCACAGGCAUCUGCAUUGCACUGCUAGUGGUUGGCAUCAUGUGUGUGGUUGCCUACUGCAAAACCAAGAAACAGAGGAAAAAGCUUCAUGAUCGCCUAAGGCAGAGUUUGCGAUCCGAGCGUAACAACAUGAAUAACCUUGCAAACGGACCCUACCACCCCAACCCACCCACAGAAAGUGUACAGCUAGUGAAUCAGCAUGCAUCUAAAAACGCCAUCUCUGCAGACCAUAUAAUCGAAAAAGAAACAGAAACAUCAUUCUCCACAAGCCAGUACUCGUCAACCACACGUCACGAUACCCCUGUUACCCAGACAUCGAGCCACAGCUGGAACAAUGGAAAGACUGAAAGCAUGACAUCAGAAAGCCGUUCUGCACUGGUGACAUCUUCAAUGGGAACCAAUGGACAGACCAGUCCGGUUGGGCACCGAGGCCGUCUGAAUGGCACAGGGUGCGCUCGAGAUCUUACCACUUAUUUAAAGAAUGCACGGGACUCUCCCGAGUCUUACAAGGAUUCGCCACACAGCGAGAGGUACGUGUCUGCGAUGACGACACCUACCCGCAUGUCCCCUGUGGAGUUGCAGUCCCCUUUGUCUCCGCCUUCAGAGAUGUCCCCGCCCCUUUCCAGCUUGGCCACAUCUGUUCCCUCCAUGGCCAUCAGCCCCUUGGUGGAGGAUGAGAGGCCGCUCCUAUUGGUUACACCUCCACGUGUGAGGGAAAAACGGAACGACCAUACCAAUAGCAACCAGCAGCGUAACUCUGCCCACUACAACCAUGGCCAUGAGGCCCACAGCCCUCCUCCCAGCCCGCUGAGGAUAGUAGAAGAUGAUGAGUAUGAGACCACCCAGGAGUAUGAACCAGCAGUACAACAGCCUGCAAAGAAAGUUGCCAAUGGCCGGCGGGCAAAAAGAACAAAGCUCAAUGGCCACAUUCCACACAAAUUGGAGUCUGACAGCGACUCAAGCUCAGAGAGCAGCAGCUCUGAGAGCGAGACUGAAGACGAGCGAAUAGGGGAAGACACGCCCUUCUUGAGCAUACAGAAUCCCAUGGCAGCAAACCUAGAGUCAGCCCCAGCAUUCCGGUUGGCUGACGGCAGCAGGACUAACACAACCCAUCAGCUAUCCACACAGGAGGAUUUGCAAGCUAGGCUGUCCAGUGUAAUAGUUAAUCAAGAUCCGAUUGCUGUGUAAAAAAAAAAAUACUUAUACAUAGAGUCACCAGUAAAACUUUAUUUUAUAUAAAUGAAGUGUUCUGAAAAAAAGAAGAAAAAAUACUUAAAUUAAACUAUUUUAUUUUAGCAGUAGUGGAUUAAAAAGAUAGUCUUUUAUAAAUUAAAUAUAUGUAUGUAAAAUGCGUUUUGAGUUUUGAAUGAAUGUGCCAUAUGUAGCAGGUUUUACAGUAUUUCAAUGGAGAAAAAUAUCAAUGGUGCCUUUAUGUUCUGUUAUGUUAAGAGCAGGUUUCAUAUAGUGAUUGGUGUCCCACAGUAUUUCCACUAAACUGUUACAUUUUACAAUGGCUUGCUGUUUAGUGUUUGUGACCAAUAUGUCCGAUGCUUCCUAAGUAAUGCAUUAUGGGGAUUUUAAUAAAAAGUUAAUGUUGACUGACACUGGCAAAGGAUAGUCAUAAAUUGCCUUCCUUCUAGUUUGUUUAAUUAAAUGCAUUAAAAGUGUUGGCCAUCAGCUUAACUAUCUUGCUCUGUAAAGUCCUUCAUUCUCGAAUAGAUGUCCCUUUCAAGUGGUUAUUGUGUGAAGUACAGAAAGAAAACCAUAGCUGUUCUUACUCCACAGCGGAGUGCCCUGCCACAAAUGUAAUAACACAUAACAGGUUAUGUGUUGAGACUGAAAAAAAUAAGCAGAAACACACACACACCACAUAAAAGAAGAUUGGUAAAGAUGGACCUUGAUGAGUCCUACUCCAACCAAAUUCAAAACCUCUAUCAAUACCUUAACGGAGAAGAAUACAAGAGGGUUGUACUGUUUGCAUUCAUGAAAUAGUUGGGAACUUUGGCCUAAAAUCUUUUCAAAGUGCUUAUUUUAAUUAUUUAUGUAUUUAUGUAUUUAUUUAUUUAACUUUUAAAAGUAUUAUUUUGAAAUAAAAACUGCCCAUUUACCAUGUAUCAGGACAUGCUGUAUACCACUAGGGUAUAUACACUAUCCCCUGAACAAGUACAGGGCACCCUGUGGACAGAGAGUAGUGUACACAAAGGAAUACAAGCAGGCUCACCCCAUGAUGCUUUGCUUUAGAGCAAUGGGCCAACAGCAAGACUAAUGCAAUUACACAGAAACAAAAAUCUACAGCUACAGCUUGUUGUUUUCUUGUCAGUAAAAGUGCAAUAGCUAAUUUUGACUUUUUCUUUUGUUAUUUUUAGGGUUGCUAUUUUUAAACAAGCAUGAUCACAAAGGUUAGCAGUGCACCAGUAAUGUAUUCCUAUUAUGCAGCUGUUAGUAGGAGUAAAAAUGGUGCCCAUGGUUCAAUACCAAAGCCUUAAUGGAACUCUGUACUGCUGAGUAACAAAUGCUGUUAAAUUUGCUUUGGUAAACCAGAAUACUAUACCAUGCACGCACAUUGCAUUGACCAGACCUACAACUAGCAUGCGGUGCACUUAUGUAGUGAAUGUGCAUGUGAAGUUUGGAUGACUUACAAAACAAGGACCUCCUGCAAGUAACAAUUAUUACAUAAUGACAGAACUAUUGCACCUUUGUUGCUUUUCACCCACUAAUUCCCAUGGCAAGCCAGUCUGAAACGCUGUUUCCGUUCUGCAGUGUCCCCCACCAGUUAUCGACUGUCAGAAAACUGGUGUACAUGUGUGUGUAAAUAUAUAUAUAUAUAGAUAUAUAUAUAUACACACACAGUGGUUUGCAGAAGUAUUCACCCCCUACCAAUAAUGUCACAUUUUGUUGAAUUACAAAUGAUGUAUGCACAGUUUUUCAAAAAAAACUUUUUUUAUUCAAAGCUGUAGUGGUUAAACUGAACACUGUUAUAUGAGGAGGAGGUUAAAUGUCAGCAAAACUUGCAAAGAAAAUGUACAAAAUGAAAUUUACUGGUUGCAUAAGUAUUCAGCCCCUUAAGUCAGUACUUGGUAGAAGCACCUUUUGCAGCAAUUACUGCUAUGAGUCUUUUUGGAUAGGUCUCUACUAGCUUUGCACAGUAGGAUGGUGAAAUGUUUGCCCAUUCUUCACAUUAAAAUGGCUCCAGUUCUGAUAAGUUUGUUGGGAAUUGUCGAUGGACUGCAAUCUUCAAGUCUCGCCAUAAAUUUUCGAUUGGAUUCAAGUCAGGACUUUGACUGACCCACUCAAGAACAUGAAUUCUCUUCAGCGUGGCUUUGGCCAAUGUCUAGCUACAUAUCUGAUGCUAUGGGUCGCAUAAUAAGUCACUGGCCCUGCAAAUAUUUCUGCUAGCUAUUAAUAAUGCCACGCCUUUAGCAUUGACACUCUUUUUUACUGGUCAGCUGUCUGGUUUUAACAAUGGAAAUCUAUACAUUUUGCUGCCUUUUAUUAUAACCAUCUCUUCGUAACAUCCAAGUCCAUUUGUGAAGUCGAACAACACAAUACAUUACACUUAGUCUGUGCCUGACAAUAGAGUCAAUUCAUUGUGCAGUAGAGAAUAAUAGUCAAAUCAAGAAAAAUAAUAUAAUAAAACUCACCUUGUUUUGAAAGCAACACGCUGUAAAAUCACACACACACACAUUAUAUACAUUAUAUACACACACUUCAGAUCUUGAAAUCUGUCUGAUUCCCGUAAUCUGCAUUAUUUACACAGUUCAAUCCCUGACAGUCUAUGCAUGCAAAUCUGUUGUAAAUCCUUUUUCAGCAAAGGUCUAAUACUCAGAAACCCUAUACAAGGUCUACCAAGAUAAAACUGGACUGUUCCCACCAAGCUGAUAAGUGGAUCAGUGUUGAACUUGUAUAAGAACUUGUAUAAGAACUGCAAGAUCUAAUAUCAGUCAGGUCUGAACCAAACAUACCAUUUCUGCUGUUUUGUAAAGUAUAUAUGGAACCUGUGCUGCAUCAUCAUGCAUACAAAUGCUAUUUUUUCUCAUUGGCUUGUCUUUAGAAGUUGUGUACUGUUAACAAUGGCACUCUAACAAAUUAAAUGUAUUUACUUGUCAUUUAUUUAUGGUUAACUUGUAUGAAUGUAUACUGUAUUCAUAAAAAAUAUUGGUUUUUUUUGUUGUUGUACUAUGUUUUUUUUUAUUGUUGAGAAUAAAGAAUGUAUCUUUGGAAAACUAUAGAAAAUGUUGCAAGCAGAAACUAUAACUCGGGAAACUCAGCAAUACAUUAUUAUUUAUUUAUUAUUUGUUUUUUUUUUAAAGAACUUACAUUUUGUACCCUUUUUUUGUUUAUUAAAUUGUAUUAUGUCAUCA